CCCUUUAAUGGUAACGUCAUGCGACAAGGAAACACUCUUUAUCCACGUUGUGAAAUCCUGGGAAAUACAACUCGGAGGAAGAGUGACGCCAACGUACUGUAGUAAAUCUAUCAGUAUCUGAAAUAGCAAUGGGAGAAAACACAAAUGGAACUGCCUGUAUGUCUUCACUGUCUUCUAUUAGUGAUCAUUGUGGCUUUCAUGGAAGCAUAAAACAGUCCACCAGUGACUUUGUGGUGAUAGAAAUGAAUAUGAAUGGGCAAUUGGUAAAUGUGGACAAUUUGAAUGAAGUGCUUUGCCACCAAAUAUCUGAACACACCGAACCAUACCACCAGAAGCCAAACAAAAAGCCAAAGAUAUCAGCGGUUGUAGUAAAAGACACAGAUUAUUCAUGUGGUAAAGUGGUGUUAGACAACCACAAUACUGACUUAGAUACAUUUCAGACUGCUGUUCUAUGUGAAGAGGCCCAAGAUCUCGACUUCAUUUUAGAAAAUUCAGUGAACGAAGCACUGGCACAGUUUGCCAUGUCAAUCAGGAAGUGCUCCCACUCUGAACUGAGGGAAAAGCCAAAUCCCACACCGCUAUCUCUCGGCAUGUAUCCGGACAAAGACCAAAGAGCCAGCGUGCAUCGCGCUGUCAGGCAGAAGUACCCCUUUCUGAUGACCAUCACAAACCAAUGUGAGAUUCUUGUCAAAGAAGACUCCCACUAUAAAGAGCUUUCCCAGUUGGUUUCGGACGAAGAAUCUGAAGACUUUUUCAGAUUUUUGGAUGCGAAAGCACCAAACUCAACAUUUACUUUUCAGCAUGACGACAACAAGGAGCACAGAAAAGCUGUUCAUCAUUUUCUUAGUAAACACUUUGGCAAGUUGGUGGAAACCAAAAGCUUUGUGGUGGAUAACAGCGGUGGUGGCCAACAGAAUGCUGCCAUUACUGUAAGGUUUAGAGAAAAAAAGCAGCGGUCCAAGAAGAGGGAUGCUAUUGAUGCGCAGGAUGAGGACGUUCUAUAUACAGCAUUCACACUGCAAAAAGAAAAUCUGGAAACCUUGGAAGCAAUAAGCUACUUGGCCUCAGCUCUGGGUGUGCUUCCAUCAGAUUUCAGUUAUGCUGGCAUCAAAGACAAAAGGGCUGUCACAUACCAAACUAUGGUUGUGAAGAAAGUCUCACCAGAGAGGUUAAAGGAAGUGGCCCCUGCGUUCCAAAAGAAAGCUAUGAACUUGUACAACAUGCGUCCUGCAGAUCAACCAAUUCGACUAGGACAGCUCAGAGGAAAUCACUUUGAUAUACGUGUAAGAAAUGUUAAGAAGCACAGUGCCGAUUCCUCUGCAGACCUGAAAGAUCUUGUGCAUGAAGCACUUGAGAAUGUCAAGACUAAAGGAUUUGUGAACUACUAUGGGCCACAGAGAUUUGGCGUGGGACAGAAAGUUCAGGCUGACCAAAUAGGAUUGUCUCUGCUGAAGGAAGAAAUGGUGACAGCUGUCAAGCUGUUCUUUACACCAGAAGUGGAUGAUCCUCUUGACAGGGCAAAGAGGCAUUUUCUUCAAACUGAGGAUGCUAAAGAAACACUUGCAAUGAUGCCUGAGUAUAAAGUGCGAGAGAGGAUGGUGCUGCGUGCAUUGAAUCGGUUUGGCAUGGGGCAGGAGGGCUGCACCCGAGGCUGGCUCAGUAUCCCACACAGCAUGCGCGUCUUUUACAUCCACGCGUACUGCAGCAGGAAAUGGAACGAAGCCGCUUCCUACAGACUUCAAACAUAUGGCCAGAGGGUGGUAAAGGGGGACCUAGUUUUCAGCAAGGAUGCCAAUGAAAAAAAUUCUACGCUGAGUAGUCAGGUUCACAUGGUUACUGCCAAUGAAGAGGAAGAAAGCAUUUACACACUAAAUCAAGUAGUUCUUCCAAUGCCUGGCAACAGCAUAACCUAUCCAGACAACAAAGUUGGAUACUGGUUCAAAGAAACCUUGGCCAAAGAUGGUUUACAGGCCUGUAAAUUCAGAGUUCAUCCUCUGAAGCUAAAUAUACCUGGAUGCUAUCGACUGAUGCUGGCUUACCCGAAAAACCUUACAUACAAGCUACAGCAUGACAGUGAAGUCGUUAUGAGUGAAGAAACUCCAGAGAAAAUCACAAAUGAGCAGAGUGAGAACCCCACUGCUUCCGCAUCUUGUCUGUCUUUAUCGUUUAAUCUUAACUCUUCUUGUUACGCCACAGUGUGCCUUCGGGAGAUCAUGAAAUGUGACCCCUAAAUGUACCGGAUUUGAUGCAUAUCCUCUGCGACUGGUGUAUAGUAGAAUCGUUCAUAUAAAGUAUGUUUUACAUAUAUCCAGAAAGCCGCUUUUACAAGUGUGAUGAGACUUGCUAAGAACAUUCUUUAGCACAAAUUAUUGAGAGUAAUAGAAUUUAGGGAUAUAGAGACUCUUCCCUUGUGUCGCUCUUAAUUUUGUGCAUACGUCUCAGAACCACUUACUCAAAUGUUAUAUUUUAACAUUUACAUACUGUUUCAUGAUACUGAUGACUCUUUAUGUUUUGUUUUGUUUACGCAAGGGACUUUUUUUAUUAACAACAUUGCUCUAUAAAAGGAUCAGUGGCCCUUAUAUGGAAAUGCAAUUCUUUAAUACAGAUACUUGAAGUGUAAUUUUAGUUGACACUCAAUUCCCUUAAUUAAAGUAGAUUUUUAAAAACAAAUGAAAAAAGCUUUUGUUAAUUUUUUUUUUUCUGUACCAUGUUUAUGCAAGUAUGGGAAUGUUUUACUGCUUGGUAUUUUCUAUAAUGUUUGGUCAACAAACCCUCUAGUUUAUUCUUUAAAUAAAUAAUUACAAGUGUUUUUUUUUCAUGUCACGGACCAAACAAUAGCAAAUUAAGUUUCCCUUUGUUGAUUAUGCUGAACUUCUAUACAAGACUACAGUGUGGAUUAAACGCCCCCUGCUGGCCACAAUAUUACUAAAUUAACUCUGGUAAGUAGCUCAGUCCCCAUCCAUUUAAAAUGUAAAGCCCCUUUCACACACACAUGCCGCUACUGAGCCGUCUCUUGAGACGUUUAUAAAAUUCUUUAAAAUACCCAUUCACACGGCACGAAAUUGCGCCAUACUGUCAUAACCUUUUCAACGACACCAACGGCAAAAAUACCCAACAUGUCCGGUACACAUGCAGUCAUGUGGGAUGUUAACUUUCAAUCCACGGCCACUAUAGCGCUUCAGUGCCGGCAUAGCAUUUCACCCAGGAGAAGAUGGUUCAGUGCCGUCUCUGAACCAGCUCACGAGGUGGUUCAGAGACAGCAUAAAAUAUUUUGGCUCUGACGGUAUAGGCAAUUCACAGAGACCAAAAUGCUGCAUCAGUGCCCUUGCUGAGCCGUCAUAACUCACCUGUGUGAAAGUGGUAUGAUACAAUCAAACUAUUCUAUUUUGGUAUCUGUACUUUGUAUAUCUGCUAAAAGUUUAGAGAGAAAGCACAUACUCAGUGUGGGAAAUGACAAGCAAAAAGGCACAGGCGUGUUGUGACAAAUGGCCAUAUCUGUUACUUAUAUGUUGUUCUUAACCAGAUAUUAGGUAAUAGAACUAGACCCUAUAUUCUGACCUCGACCCUAGAAACUUUAAAGAACAUGCUAAAGUGCUGUAACAGUACCCCUUAGCGUUAAAGUUCACAAGCGUCCUAUUUUUAAUUUUAAAAUGCAGGUACAGGGCUUUUAAAUGCAAUUAUAUACUGUAUUUCAAAAGAAACCAUUUGACAACAAAGAACAAAGAGAUUAUCACUGACUUUGUUACAUAUGUUUUCACACCUGCACAUUCUGCUCUUUGAAGUUUCUGUACUUAAUUAGUUAGGAGCUCAGAAAAAUGCAGUGGAAGCUUUCCUUGUUCACGAUUUACAUACAAAAGAGAACUUCAAAGAAUUUAAAGUGACUCUAAAUGUCGCUUAAGGUGGAUCUUUAUUCUCCAAAAAAAAUAAUAAAAUAAAGAAAAAAAGUAGACAUGCUGGGCAAAUGUGUCAGUGAUAAAUCAACAUUUAUUUAGUGGUGACUGGUACUACCAUGCUGUAAUUUUGUUAAAAUUAUAACACUGCUCUAGGCACUGUAUUUCAGAGCCCCUCUGUUCAUAAUGAAUGGUGUGAGAAAGCUGAGAACCUUCAGUGCAUAUUAAAAUGUAGUGUAUGAGGAAAGUCAUAAAUAACAACAUUUAAAAGAAAUAGCUUUCAACAGCGCUGGCACAGCAACAGAGUGCUAUCUACUGUGGUUCAUCCAACCAUUUGUCUGAAACCCGUAUAUAUCUUACAUGAUGGUGUGUGAGUGACAUAUCAAAAGGAUACCGAAUGCAUAUAUUUAGUUGCACUUGUCAGUAUUUUAUAAACUUAACUGGAAAAUUGUAAAGAGAUGUCAUGAAACAACUCCCUGCUAUUUGAUGUUUGGAAUCUGGACACUUGUUGUACUGUACCAUUAGUAUCAUGUUUAUGUAACGGACAGAUUGGAACAGGUUUCUUCUGAAUACAGUAUGUGUACUCUGUACAGGCAUCAUUCUGAAGCUGCCUCUUUAAAAGUAUUACAUGUCAUAUUAAAACAGGAAUUACAAUGUUACAGCAUUGCUGUUUUAAUUUUGUUUUUCAUCAGUAUUUUUUUUAAACUACUUAUAAUUAAUUCUUGAAUGAUACAGUACAGGAAAAUGAGUUUUAAAAUUCCAGUCUGCAGUGAAUUCUCAUGACAAUAGAUGGCAGUAGUGACAUGCAG